AUUGACCAUGGUGUCCGUCUUCCAGCGCAUUCAGUAUGCGCUCUCUGGGACGACAGCGGGCCGCCGAUUCCAGGAGCAAAUGGACGUUGCGACGGUGGCGAUGUUGACACAUUUCAAAAAUCUGCAAGACGCAGCGCCAAACGUGACGGCAGAAGAAAAGGGUGCGCUAUUCGAAGAAGCAGUGACGCACAUGGAAACCAAACCGUUUGAAGAGCACAAGAAAUUGGCGCAGUCGGCGUUAACUAGUCAGAUUGAACGUGCAUUUGACGUACUGGCGCGGGGCAAAGCCAACGUCAAGUACAAACCGAGCGUGUUUUCCAUUAAUGAAGACUUGCCAUCGGCGAUUCCAUCGAAAACGAAAGAGACCAUCGAUGACAUUGUUCGACGGGAACUCGGCUAUUCGCUGCAAGUUCGAGACUCGACGAUCCCUGGAGCUGGCCGUGGGCUCUUUGUAGAAGGGCGGGCGACGGCUGGGACGGCCAUUGCCCUUUACCCCGGCACGGUAUACCUGUCCGAGCACUACCGCAAGAAAUACAUGCAUGUUGUGUCGAACAAUCCGUUUGCCCGCGCUCGAUUCGACGGCGCCAUCAUCGACGCCACAAACGAAGCCGUCCCGCACACCAACCCGUUGGCACUGGCGCAGAUGGUGAACCACCCUCCACAAGACACCUUGCCCAACGUUAUCCCGAUGGCAUUCGACUUCCCCCCGGAGGACCCGUUUCAAUCGGAGCCGUACCAUUCCCUCAUCCCAAAUCACUUUGUCCACCCGCCGUCGAUGCUGGCCAUGUUCGGCAAACGCGCGCUCGUUCAUAGUCUGGUGCUGGUAGCGCUGACCGACAUCGAGGAUGAAGAAGUGUUUUUGAACUAUCGGUAAGUCCACCAGGCCCAAUUGCCCCAAGUGUUGGAGGGUGCGACGAUUUCACUAGGUACAAUCCCAACAUGGAGUACCCACCUUGGUACACACCUGUGAACCGCGAGGAAGACCUGAAUAUGUGGAGCUAAGCGAUCGCAUGCGCACCGAAUAGAGCUAGUUUGGUGGUGUAAACAUAGAGACCAAUCGAGGAUAUCGGAGGUUACGACUUAAGCUAGGAUCUUGGCCACUUGGAACGCCCGCUUAAGCUUUCUCCGUUCAAGCUUUUGCUGCAGCGUUUGGUCCUUUUCGUCAACCUUUUCCAGUUUGCUGAGUUCUUCCACGACUUGCUGGGCAUCGCGAAGCACACGCUCGCGUGCAGUGCCUUGCAUGCCUUCCAAGUACUCGAGUACAAUGGUAAAAAGUGCUUUGUUGACCACGUCGGCACGGUACAUCCAACGCAGGAUCCACACUUGCUUGGCCUUCUUGAAUCGCCACUCGGGUUCGUCCGCGGUCCGAGGCUUGUCUCUGUUGCGGUACGAUUCCAGAUAGUACUUGGCUUCUUGGAUCAACUCUGCCGGAGGUUUGUUCUCUGUGUCGUUGUGGUUUCCCGUCACGGCUGCCUUUUCUCCCACAGGGUCCUCCUUUGGCGCACCACCGUCGUUUUCUUUCUCCAACUUGAAGCGCUUCUUCGCCGCUUCGCCCGUAUUGCGCCUCCGUUUUCCUCCCAUCUUUCCUUUGGCACCA